ACUACGUAAUAAUAAACGGGCAAAAUACGAGGACGUUACACAUAUUCAUUUUAUUGACAUUUAAUCGAAAGGAAAAAGUGGCUAAAAUAUUUAGAAAAUCCACAAUGUCUCCAAAAUUAGGUCCAAACAUUGGGAUUAGCUUUGCUUUGCUGGCUCUGAGUUUACAAUGUAUAAUCAUAGUAUUAUUUGUAUUAUAUUUGGAUUACCCUGAAUCUUGCUCAAAGAAAUACACUGCGACAUAUGCAGUAUUUCAAGAUGUCAAUACAAUGGUCUUUCUUGGCUUUGGCUUCAUGACUACGUUCCUGAAGAGAUACGCACGGAGUGGCAUUGCCUUUACUAUGCUUCUUGCAGCCUUUGCACUUCAGUGGGCCACAAUCCUAGAAAGUUUGUUCUUUGACUCUAAGAACUCGAAGAUACGAAUAAACAUGACCAGCAUACUCCAUGCAGACCUGAGUGCAGUGUCUGCAUUGGUUUCAAUGGGUGCUAUACUUGGAAACACCAGUCCUAUACAGUUACUCCUGAUGGCCAUCCUGGAAGUGACAUGUUUUACUACUAAUAAGUGGCUUCUGAUGUAUUUGUUUCAGAUUGACCGCAAAACUAGUGCCAUGCAUCUGCACCUUUUCGGAGCUAUGUUUGGAUUGACGGCAUCACAAAUUCUCUAUCGCCCGGGGCUACGUAAAGGCCAUGAAAAAGAAGGAUCGUUGCGAAUAUCUAACCUUUUUUCCAUGAUUGGUACAUGCUUUCUGUGGAUGUUCUGGCCCAGUUUUAAUGCAGCACUUCUCGAUGUGAAUAGGGAAAAAGCUGUUUUCAACACCUAUUACGCUUUGGCUGCUUGCACUGUUGCAACAUUUGCAAUUUCCAGUCAGAUCCAUAAUGAAGGGAAAAUGGACAUGUCACAUAUCCGCAAUGCUACGCUGGCAGGAGGAGUUGCUGUUGGGCUUUCUGCUCCUUUGAUACCAUCUGCUUACAUUGCAAUGAUAAUCGGCUUCAUUGCUGGUGUUAUCUCUACCCUGGGGAUGAAAUACUUGAAGGGCAGAUUGGAAUUAUAUUUGAAACUCCAUGAUACUUCUGGCAUUUUAUAUACCCAUGGCUUACCUGGAAUUAUAGGAUGCAUAGUGUAUGUUGUCCUACUUUCAGUGCCCUCUGUGAGUGAGGAUUUGCAAAGAGUUAAGGUGUCGCAUACAGACUACUGGCAAACAGCUUUGUUUGUUACCAUGACAAUGGGCAGUUUAACAGGAUUUGUCACAGGUUUUAUCCUGAAGUUAAAUAUUUGGAAGCAGCCCUCUGAUAUGAAAUGCUAUGAUGACCAAAUUUAUUGGGAGUUUCCACACUUAGCAACAAUAAUUUGAAAACAUUCACCAUCAUUGUUGCUAUUUGGGCACAACAAGACUACAGGUGAUAAAUAAUUUCCAAAAGGUUGAAGUAAUUUCACAAGAAGUAUACAAAAGAACAAUGGACUCUUGAAUUUAAGCAAACAAUAAUGUAUGGCUUUGUCUGCUGAUACCACUGCCCAAAUGUAAUAUGAAACAUGUCCAUGCAUGUUGAAAACACACUGGACUGUAUAAGCAUUUUUCAAAAUGCAAGAGCUUUAUACAAUACUUGGUUGUUUCUGUUUUUGAUUAAGUAUUGUAUUGAUUGUGUGAAAAUUUGUAUUUUCUGAUCAUGUGAACCUUGUAAGCCAGCAUUAAAAACGUUGAAGAAAUUUUGAUGUAGUAACUAUUUAGAAAAAGUGAAUCUUCCUUCAUGGAGUAUUUAACAAAUGUAAUAGCUGUAUGACAGCUAGUCAUACAGACCAGAAGUUUACAUGCUCAAGAUUCCAUGGUCUGUGCUGUUAGAUAAUGUCAUCUCAGCCAACUAUAUGGUUUUGUAAUACCUCUUAGAUCCCUUGGAAAGGAAUAGAAAAAUCAGCUUGUGUUAUUAUUUCUAUCCAGGAUUUUUGGUGGAAAAAUAUCCACAAAUAAAAAAAAUCAAUCCUUCACAUCCAAAUAAUCUGCCAAAGGCAACUGUUUGGGUUCACUUAUUUUAAAAAAUGUCAUUUGGUAAUAUUAUUUUUUUAAGGUGAAUGAUUCCCCCCC